UAUCAUUCGUUCGCUCGAGAUAUCAAGAGCUCAGGUCGAUGUAAUUUUCCCUUUUCCCCAAAAGCGUUUACGCUGGUUUCGGAUCAAAAAGGAAGUACUUACCCAAAAGAUAGGUGACAAAUUGAGCGAUCGAUCCUUCACUUUUCUCCAUCCCAAGCACUUGAUUAAAGAAAUUGUGAUUUGCUGAUCUAAGAAUUGGUUUAAAGAAUAUAUUUUUUUACCCUAAAAACUUGCUCCACCUCAAGAGAUGUUUUACCACGUUUUUCGGCGUUGUGUGAUGGCGCUGCCUUCUGCAGUGAUCCAUUGUUUCCUCUUUUUAUUGUUUAUUUUUCAACAACCAUGGAACCAAACAAGCACUGCCAGUGCAAUUUUGUUCAAGCCUCGUCGUGAGCCUCCCAUGCCUCUUUCGGAUGGCACUGCAGCAGGUGAGACGACUGUGACCACGACAGGGUACGAAGAUUAUGACUUGGCGGGGGGUGAGGACAGUGAAUGCGCCCCAAUGUCUCUGCUGCAGACGGUGCCAAAAAGAGUUGCCGGCUUGACUAGCAUGAUCUCGGGAAAAGAACAAAGAGCGGCAGCGGCUGAUAUCGAGGAAAUAGAGCAGAAAUUCAAGAAUCAGAUCAAGAAACCGUUCAUCGAAAUGCUGAUAUUUGAAGCGCGGGACAAGUGGCGCGACGAGCAUAUUAAGCCAGCAGGACCGAAGCAGAGCGCAAAAGAAGCUGGGGAAAACCCGCCCUUGGCUGCCAACGGGGUGCCUCGAAUUGGGAUGAAGGGGGCACUGGAUAAAGCGGUCACCGCGUAUGAUCAAGUAGUGGCUGCCUGGAAAGAAGUGCGGUCAACGAUGUCCGAUAUCAACGAGUCGAGGAAAAGACUGGCGCCUCUAGACGAAGUCCAGAGAUUGCUCAAUAAGACAUCGAGACUCAAGCCUUUCCGGAGAGCACAGCUUGCUGAGGAAGUCGUGAAGGAGGUAUCUGAGGAGGUGAGAAAGGCGUGGGAAUUCCGGGAAAAAGAAUUGGAAAAUCCGAAACCUGGAGUGAAGAGAGGAGAAGCGGAGGGCGUGGACAACCUCAUCACGGACCUGCCCGACAACGUGCUCAGGAGGGCAUAUGAAAUCGAAAGUAAAAGAUCCGGAGGUCUUCGUUCGGCAGCAGAUGCUCCUGCGGCCGGACCGGCACCGCCGGAUACUGCCAUGCCGGAAAAGUAGGUAAGGACAAUAAGAUGAUCGCCUGUGGUGCCAAGAGGAAGGAGGGAUCUAUUCGACCGCCACGCAGCUAAAGCGAAUUAAGUCUAAGCGGAGGUUAUAACUUGAAUGGUGUAUCAUGGAUAUUUUGUAGAACGACUACUUCGUGACGAUGAUGUAAUUUGGCAAAGAGAGCGAUGAAGUGCGCUAGUGUAGUACAGAACGUUACUGACGGGGUAUGCGUAGUUCCAAACAAGCCUGCGUCGUUGAUUUGCAUACGUUUUUAUAUUUCGAGUUAAGCUGAAGCCCCAUGGGCAGUUUUAUAGAGUGUUUGCUUGCAUUAAUUGUGAAGAUGUUCGCUACAUGGAACCUUUGAAGUCGCAUUUUUUGUUUUCAGCAUAUGUUUGUCAUUGAAUUAGAAACCCAGUACUGGAGGAAGUUCGUAGAGUCCCAGAGGUGCGAUAUUGCUUCAUGCUGAGCCAGAUGCAGCUCGUGGAAGCAGAGACACUAUUUUCCCGCCUAGAAUCCUGACAAAUGGCACCGCGCUUGCUGUUAUUGUGUCUCAGCGCAUGAAAUUGUAAUGCACAAGAAGUGUUGUAUGCACCAGCGCAAGUGAAGCAUCGACUGGGCCACUCGCUUUUUUUGUGAAGUAAGCUCAUCGUGUAUGGGGACUGAUUGCUUACCAUGAUUUAUGUUUGUUUUUUACCUGCAUGAUCCAUGAGUGUUCCGCUUGAAAUUUUCGACCGAAGAACCCUGAGUCGACGACGACGUGGCUUUAGCUGUCCGCCUGACUUCUGAUCACGUAUUUCGAAGUGGCGCCAAACCGGCACCAACUACGACAGGCAAGUGGAGUGGAGCUUUCAUAAGUGCGACCUUUUGAAUCUUGACCGUGGACCGAACGUGAAGUAAGGCGACAUUUUUUUCAAGUGGACGCGGCGUCUGUGAGAACCUUAUUAUGAAACCACUCAAGGCACAUUUUCAGCGGCCAACCGAACACUCUUCGAGGCCGACGAAACGAAUACCAGCUUCGCUCUCUCAACGGGGCAACUCGUACUCGAUAUGCGAACAUCUGCACCCCGUAUCCGCACGUCUAACCACCUGCGCCUCUGAAUACGCGCUUCGUCCAGGGCCAUCCUUCGACAACGCUUAGUGCUUUUGCUCUCUGCAGUUGUACCUCGAGAAUUUACAUCGUGUGGCUACCGUGUUGUGUGUUUUGGAUCGGUUGUGUUGGGCGUUCGCAUUGCAAGGAAAUCGGAGGUGAAACCGGGCGGAAGAAAUACAUUAAGAACAAGAACAUAGAGAGAACAACACGUGUUCAGCUUGGAACCCCAUAAAGGCAGGAGCUCCGAGACCGAUCAGAAACCAGCGCGAGAGCGUUCGCCACCACGUUGGCCUAGUGCGGUGCGGCUGGAAAGAAACACCCCAGGGCACGCAGCUGCGGCACAUAAGGAGUUCUUCUUAAUGUAUUUCUUCCGCCCGGUUUCACCUCCGAUUUAGAACAAAGAGAACAACAUAUAGGAAAACAACUACAACAAAAUAAGGGACUAUGCUGUGAACAAGACAGCAACAUAUGAUCAAAUGGAGAAUUCUUCCUCUAUGAAAUUACCUCUUGCGCGCUUACUGACUUAGAAGGCAAAGAACCGACUACAAGAUAUACGCAAACAAUCAAAUACGUCAUACCAGCAUUUGAUCUGACUACACAAACACGCUUUUAUUUUCUAGGAUUGAUCCUGGG